GAUCUGUACAAGGAGGCCAUGAUGGAGGAGCACCAGCCUCUUAUAUCACAAGAAAGUCCCAGUAAGAAUUCUGAGGGAAACCUCAUGUUAUCACUAAAUUAUAAAGCAGAAGAUGAAGAUAUCAUGCAGUGCUCGUCAGGAGAAAAUGUACAUCCAGGACUUCACAGUACAGAUCUAUCAAGUAAUCUCCCUAAUCAUGAGGGACCUUUUCCUGACCAAUCAUGGACUGUUACAAGUGAAGGGAAGAAACCACACUCCUGUUCAGAAUGUGGGAAAUGUUUUACAGAAAAAAAAUGUCUGGUUAGACAUGUGAGAAUUCACACAGGAGAAAAGCCGUAUUCAUGUUCAGAAUGUGGGAAAUGUUUUACAGAAAAAUCAAAUCUUGUUUUACAUGAGAGACUUCACACAGGAGUGAAGCCAUAUUCAUGUUCAGAAUGUGGGAAAUGUUUUACACGUAAAUCACACCUUGUUAGACAUGAGAGAAUUCACACAGGAGAGAAGCCAUAUUCAUGUUCAGAAUGUGGGAAAUGUUUUACAGAUAAAUUAAUUCUUGUUUGCCAUGAGAGAAGUCACACAGGAGAGAGUCCCUAUUCAUGUUCAGAAUGUGGGAAAUGUUUUACACAGAAAUCACACCUUGUUAAACAUGAGAAACUUCACAAAGGAGAGAAACUAUAUUCAUGUUUAGAAUGUGGAAAAUGUUUUACAGAUAAAUCAAAUCUUGUUUUCCAUGAGAGAAGUCACACAGGAGUGAAGCCAUAUUCAUGUUCAGAAUGUGGAAAAUGUUUUACACAGAAAUCACACCUUGUUAAACAUAAGAGAAUUCACACAGGAGUCAAACCAUAUUCAUGUUCAGAAUGUGGGAAAUGUUUUACAGAUAAAUCAAAUCUUGUUUUCCAUGAGAGAAGUCACACAGGAGUGAAGCCAUAUUCAUGUUCAGAAUGUGGGAAAUGUUUUAAAAGAAGAACACGACUCGUUACACAUCUGAGAAUUCACACAGGAGAGAGGCCGUAUUCAUGUUCAGAAUGUGGGAAAUGUUUUUUAAAAGAAUCAAGUCUUGUUAAACAUGAGAAACUUCACACAGGAGAGAAACUAUAUUCAUGUUCAGAAUGUGGGAAAUGUUUUACAGCUAAAUCAAAUCUUGUUAGGCAUAAAAAAGGUCACACAGGAGAAGAGUUAUAUUCAUGUUCAAAAUGUGGGAAAUGUUUUACAGAUAAAUCAAAUCUUGUUAGACAUGAGAGAGGUCACACAGAAGAGAAUCCAUAUUCAUGUUCAGAAUGUGGGAAAUGUUUUACACGGAAAUCAAAUCUUGUUUUCCAUGAGAGAGUUCACAGAGGAGAGAAGCCAUAUUCAUGUUCAAAAUGUGGGAAAUAUUUUACACGGAAAUCACAGCUUGUUAGACAUGAAAGAAUUCAUAGAGGAUAGAAGCCGUUUUUAACUUCAGAAUGUGGGAAACGUUUUAGACAAGUCGAAUCUUGUUGCACAUCAGUCACACACGAGAGAAGUAAAGAAGUGCAAAUUACUUGAAAUAUGUUUUAAUUAGAGUACAAAUAAAUUCAACCCAAAUGGAAAGUGCUAAGAUUGCGUGUUCACAAAGACAUGUUUAAACGUUUGACCGUGCGCAUCCGCCAGAAUGGUGGACACAUCGCACACGUCAUGUAAAGACUUUUUAGGAAAUCUUGAACUCACUUAUAUAGAUAUAUAUCACAAACUAGAUCAUAAACUGAAAAUUCCAGUGUGUUUUAGUAAAUCUAGCCAAGGUUGACAUAGCAUAUGACCUCCUUACCACUGGAAAAGCCUGAGCUGAAUUCAAUAUGAUACAUUUUUAAAAUGGUGGUCGAACACCAAAUAACGCAGCCUUUCUACCAAUUAAUACUUUCAUAGAUUAGAAGUCAAUUUUCUAUAAAUUGCACUAGUGAAAACUUUGUGUCCAGACAUUUGUCUCACCCUGUACUUUUUAAAAUAAAAAUGGUCCAAAAAUUAUCCCUUUUGGGGGAAAGUGUUUGGCGGUGUUUAUACACGCAUGGUGGUGUCAGCAGAAGCAAUGGCUUGUUUGGAACAAACAUUCCAAAAAUUCUCCCUUUUUUGGGAGCAAAAGCAGUAUAGUAUUGACCCUGUUAGACAAGGUAGGAGAUGUGCAUGUAGGGGUAGUACUAAAGGCAGCAGUACAGUAUGGAACCUGAUGAACAAGGCAAAAGAUGUGUGGAUAUAUAGGGGUAGUAAUAAAGGCAGCAGGGGCAGUAGUAGCUGCAGGGGCAGCAGUACAGUAUGAGAACUGAAAAACAAGGCAGGAGAUCUGAGGGUGUGUAAUGGUAAUAGUAGCCACAGCAGUACAGGAUAAAACCUGAGGUACAAGGCAGGAGAUGUGUGGAUAUAUAAAGGUAGACAUAAAGCCAGCAGGGGCAGUAGUAGUGGCAGCAACACAGUAUGAAACAUGACAAACAAUGUAGGAAAUAUGCACCUGUGUAGGGGUAGUAGUAGUGGCAGCACUAGCUGCGGCAGCAGCACUGUAUGGAAAAUGGAUAGGCAGACAGUGGUGCCAGUGAUAAAUAGUGUAGGAAAGCGCAAGGGGCCGUCAUUGACGGAAGAUAUGUGUCCCCGAGGUUCCUGGCCUCCGUGAGGCAAGAGCCG